AUGAAGGCGGCCACGGCUCCGGUGCUGGACGACGUUCCGGCCGAUCUCUUAAGAGCUGGAGGACAUUGCCUACACGAGAUACUUGCGGAAUAUCUAACAUCUGACUUUCAAAGGAAAGAAUCCCUGACUAGAGGAGAACCCCUUAAACAGUUUCUUCAUAAGAAGGGCAAUGAGGAGGGUGUUCGGAACUACCGUUCAAUAUGCGUGCUGAGCGUGCUUUACAAGCUCUCCACGAAGAUUAUUCUCGCUCGCAUAUCAACAGUGGAUGAAGUUCAAGCUGUAGAACAAACUGGAUUUCGCAAGGGAUUUAGCUGCAGAUCGCAUUCGAUACUUUCGAGGAUUAUCGAGGUUUGCCGAAAGUACCGCCUACCCCUCGUCCUAACCUUCGCAUGA